AUGGAAGAACAGAAACCAGACGCAAAUAGCCAAAGUCUGGCCGUAAUAUCUGAUUACCUACAACAAAUUUCUGGAGAUACUUCAAAGCUUUUUAAUCAACCUGAAAACCACGUUACAAAAGAAAAGGAGAGAAUUGCUGAAAGGUUAGGAACAUUUAAUCCCAAAGAUAAUGCUGUUUGGCACGAAAUUACCCAGAGAUUUGGCGCUAAUAUUAAACAGCCAGAACUUUUGAGCAUUGCGAAUGUUCUGGCGCAAAGUGCAAAUAUUAAACUCGAUCGCGAUGCUAAGCGAAGAAAAUCUGUUUUAAUUAAAUGGUUUGAAGAGAAUUGGCAUGCAAUCCAGCCAUAUUUAGCUUAUGUAGUCCUAGAAGAUACCAAAGCCGAAUAA